AUGACCAUUUGUUCGUUCAUACUCCACGACGUCCUUCUCGAAAAACCUAUCGAAAAAUCGUUCUUCGAGUUGUCUGGAAUAUUUGAAAAUGAGAAAAUGAGUUACUCGGACUUCAAGUACUGGUACAACAAGUUUUUGUGUGGAAACUUCGGAAUGGAGGAUGAGAGACGACCAGAGUUUUCCACGCUGCCGGUCCACAUAAUCGAAAGAAUUGUUGAGAAAUUAGAGCUGAAAGAGAUUAUGAUUCUGCGAAAUGUGAGCAAGUCUCUGCGGAAUCUUGUCGAUCAAAAAGAAAAGUUCCCAUGUGAACUUAUCGAAAUCGAAUGCAACCGCGACUACAUUCGUUGCCGAUUUGAUAACGAAGAUGUGAUCUAUGCCUCCACUUCUUGGACAAUGCCAACUGAUAUCGAUAAUUGGAAGUACGGACAUGCUAAAGUUAUAAGAUGUGUGGAUUAUCAGAAAAUUGCAUGCGAACAGCUGAAAUAUGUCCUGAUGAAGAGGAAUCUUCGUUUGAAUCGACUAUGCAUUGGAUACGAAUCAAACAUAACAACGUACUCAAAACUUAAGUGCUUCGAGACUCUGUUCAAUUCGAUUGGGAGAAUGAUUGUGGCGAAGAAAGUGAUUAUUGAAGUUCAUGGCCCAGCUAUGACAAUCAAUAUGCUUUCCUUGGUGGAUCCUGGAACGCUGAAGUGCAUUGAACUCAAGUGUUUUGAGCGACCGUUUGCUUUCGGUUAUGAACACUGGUCGACGGAAAAAGUGACUUAA